UCCUCUCUCGCUUUUCCUUUUCCAAUUCCAUUCAAAGCAAGCACCAACUUUUGAAUUCUCAAAAGAAAACAACACGCAAAUCCUAUUUAGAUCCUUUAUUUCUUUUGCAAGCAAAAAUUAAAGCUCUUUAUAAGCCCCUUCAUCUUCAUUUAACAGAUUCAAAACUCCAAAACCCUCCUUCAGGAUUUCCCUGGAAACCCACCACCACAACUUGCAACGCUCAAUGGCAGCUUUGCAGAAGUUCAAGAUCCUGGCAACACAAUGUGGGGUUGUGCAAAGCCCCACUAGGAGCCCCAGAACGAGCCCACUGGUGCAGAUGCCACGCAAGAAGACAACCCUACGUAUGUUACUGACCAAGACCACCACCAGCCGCCACUCACAAAAACUACUAACAAGUCAACAAGAAGUUGUGGUUGAUCUUGAAAGUGACAUGUUGCAAGAGAAGAAGAAGAAGAAGAGUCAGAGCAACACUUUGAAGGAUCUGUUUGUGUCUUCUUUUGAAGAUUACAACGACAAGGCUGGUGAUGAUGUUGAUGAUGAUAAUGAUGGGAGGAUUAGAGAGAAGAGUGAAGUUUUGUUAAUGAGGAAGUUGCAGGGUGGUUUGGGAGGUGAACUGGGCUUGUCUAGACCAGUUUGGGUUGGGUCUAGACAUAGAUUGCUUAAGAAAGCUUGGAGGCCAAUGCUUGCUUCUAUUCCUGAGUAAUCUAUCAAUUUUGUUUUUAUUUUUUCAUGGCUCUUUCGUGAUAUAUCUUAACCCUGAGUGAAAUUUUUAUAUAUUUUGCUUCUUAUCUGUAUUA